UGCAGGCUCAGCGGGCUCAAUCUGCGCAGCGUCUCCAUGUUGACCAAACCUCAGCCAGAGCUUCCCGCGCCCCCCGUAGCCCCCACGCUGCCGCCAGGAGGCAAGAAUCAAGAAGCAUUUGAGGCCGAAUACCGACUUGGCACUGUACUGGGCAAAGGGGGCUUUGGUACGGUCUUCGCGGGACACCGGGUAGCGGACCGACUCCAGGUAGCCAUCAAAGUGAUACCGCGGAAUCGGGUGCUGGGCAGUUUCCCUCUGGACAACUCGGCCACAUGCCCACUGGAGGUGGCCCUGCUUUGGAAGGUGGGUGCCAGUGGUGGACACCCUGGUGUGAUACGCCUGCUCGACUGGUUUGAGACACUAGAGGGCGUCAUGCUGGUUCUCGAGCGACCUUCACCUGCCCAGGAUCUCUUUGACUAUAUCACGGAGCAGGGUCCACUGGGUGAGAGCCGAAGCCGCUGCCUCUUUGCCCAGAUAGUGUCAGCUGUCAGGCACUGCCAUGCCUGCGGAGUUGUCCACCGUGAUAUCAAGGACGAGAACAUCCUGAUAGAUCUCCGCCGGGGCUGUGCCAAACUCAUUGACUUUGGGUCUGGCGCCCUGCUUCAUGAUGAGCCCUACACUGACUUUGAUGGGACAAGGGUGUACAGCCCCCCCGAGUGGAUCUCUCGACACCAGUACCAUGCGCUCCCGGCCACCGUCUGGUCACUGGGUAUCCUUCUAUAUGAUAUGGUGUGUGGGGACAUUCCCUUCGAGAGGGACCAGGAAAUUCUGGAGGCUGAACUCCACUUCCCUGACCAUGUCUCCUCAGGCUGCUGUGCCCUAAUUCAGCGGUGCCUGGCUCCCAAGCCCUCUGCUCGGCCUUCACUAGAAGAGAUCAUGCUGGACCCCUGGAUGCAGACACCAACUGAGGAAGCACCCCUCAGCACCCCCAAAGGCGAUUCCAACCCCUUGUCAUGGUCCAUGGUGCCCUAGGUCUAUCCAGCCCCCGUCACUGGCGGAAAUAGCCACAUCAUAGCCAUGUCACAGUUAUAGUUUGGACACGUACUGAUCUGGUUUUACAGGUCAUCAACAAUCCAGUGUUACUAGGGGGAUCGACAGUGUUACUACAGGCGUUGGGGGUGAGAAAGACAUAGGCAAGACUGCCUACUCCCUGUCCCAGUCCUACUAAGGAGCCUUCUUGUCGCUUCUUGUGGAGUGGGGCUUUCUUGCUUUCCGUUUUGCUAAGGAUGUUCGUUUGAAGUCACUCAUUUUAAGCCUCACAAUUCUUAAAUUCUAAUAGGUUACAUCCCCUACUUCACCGGCCCCUCUUAUUACCAUAUACACUUUUGUUCACAUGCCCACACUUGGGGCAAGGGUGCUUUCUUUCCAAUAUCCCAGCAGCCUUUAUGUUGACAAAGGGACCCUUUCCCUUAGCCUUAGGUCCCAUAUUCGGUCAAGCUGCUUGCCUACCUCAGCCCAGUGUUGCUUAUUCUGGGGGAGGCGAUGCCCUGUUGUUAUCCGAGGGCUUUUUGUUUUUCUUCACUUUUCACUUUUGGUGAGGGGAUCCUACUGUUAUCUCAAGUGCUCUUAUUCUGGUGAGGAAAACCCAACUUCCA